AUUCUUCCGAAACUAGCCUCGUCUAUAUCCAUCAUCUCUCUCUUAAUUUUUAUUUUUUUUCUUUCCCCAACAACUUCAACUUCUCUAUAAGUCAUAACUUCCAUCUUUCUUUCAAUUUACAACAAAAAAAUAAAUAAAUCAUUCUUUUCUUCAUUUCAUACAUCAAUAUAGGUCACUUGCAACCAAAUAUCGAAAAAUACACUCAUUUUAAUUCUAUCGACAAAAGAAAUGUGGAAUUUAAAUGAUUCCCCUGAUCAGACAAUGGAGUAUGAAUCCGAUGAAGGUAUAACGGUUAGAUCGGAAUCAAAUUCAAUUUCAUCCGCUCUACUUGUUGUAGAAGACGGUAAUUCAUCAGAAGAAGACGGUGAAAAAGGUAAAAAAAAGAAAAGUAAUAAUACACCAGGUAAAAUAUUCGGAUUUUCGAUUAAAGACCACAAUUUGGAAUCGCCGGUAGUUACCCGGCAAUUUUUUCCGGUAGAUAACGAGUCUACCAAUUUUCCAAGGGCACAAUGGGCUGGAAUUAAAUUUUGUGAAUCGGAACCGCCACUUGUCAAUGGAUUAGUGGGGAACAAAAUUGACGUGUUGCAACAACAGCCAAUUAAAAAAAGCCGUCGUGGACCACGUUCAAGAAGUUCACAGUACCGUGGUGUUACCUUUUACCGGAGGACUGGCCGGUGGGAAUCUCAUAUAUGGGAUUGUGGGAAACAAGUGUAUUUAGGUGGAUUUGAUACAGCACAUGCAGCAGCUCGUGCAUAUGAUAGGGCAGCAAUCAAAUUCCGGGGAGCGGAGGCGGACAUAAACUUUACCUCGAAAGAUUAUGAAGAUGACUUAAAACAGAUGAGCAAUUUAACCAAAGAAGAAUUUGUGCAUGUACUAAGGAGACAAAGUACUGGUUUUCCAAGAGGAAGUUCCAAGUAUAGAGGAGUCACUUUGCAUAAAUGUGGUAGAUGGGAAGCUAGAAUGGGACAAUUCUUAGGCAAAAAGUAUGUUUAUUUAGGCCUAUUUGAUACUGAAGUUGAAGCUGCCAGAGCUUAUGAUAAAGCUGCUAUCAAGUGUAAUGGAAAAGAUGCAGUUACCAACUUUGAUCGUAGCAUUUAUGAAAAUGAACUUAACUCAACCGAAUGUACUGAUAAUGCAACGGACCACAAUCUUGACUUAAGCUUAGGAGGUUCAAGCCAAGAAAUGGGGGACAAUAGGGGUCAAAAUUCUUCAUCUAAUUUGCAAUUGGAUGGCCAUUGGGGCCACCAAGGGUCAUCAAGGCAUAAUAAUAAGGUUCAGACUCCGAGCAGCAACAAUGUAGGCCAAAUUGGUGGAACAAGUAAUUUUCAAAAUAAUUAUGAGAUAAUUGCAACUGCUGCAGCAUCAUCAGGAUUCCCCCAGCAGAUAAUAAGGACUCAAAAUAAUGGCUUCCAUCAUUAUUUUAUGAGACCUUGACCAUUCAUUAAUUUCUUCAUGUUCUUUUAUUAAUCUUUGUAAAGAGUAAAAUCAAUUAAUGUUGAGAUUAUAAUUAAUAUUCUCAAAACAUAAACAAACAGAUUAUAUUGGUUAGUAUAUAUAUGUUGGGAGGAAAUUCCAACUCUUUGGAAAAGUUAAGUGUAACCUUUUUUUUUUUGUUAAAUUAUUAUUAUUAUUGGGACAAUGUAAUUUGAAUUUUUUGGAUUC